AUGCCUAGCCAAACGAGGAAGAGCCAUUUUCGGACCAUCCAGAAGUUCCAGAUCGACUAUGCUCCAGUAUCCAUCUCCCAGUAUGUCUCGGAACGGACUGGAAUGCAUUGUGUAGUCGUCGAUCAAAAAGGACCCAAGGUUCAAGGCUACUUCGCUCUUGCCACGGAAAUCUUCGACGAUUCUGGAGCGCCGCACACUCUUGAGCAUCUCGUCUUCAUGGGAUCCAAGAGCUAUCAAUACAAGGGACUUCUCGACAAGCUUGCAACUAGAGCAUACUCAAACACAAAUGCGUGGACUGCGACAGAUCAUACUGCGUAUACCCUAGAUACCGCCGGCUGGGAAGGCUUUGCACAGAUACUACCUGUUUACUUAGAACAUGUGAUCUUACCUACUCUCACCGACGAGGGGUGUUAUACCGAGGUGCACCAUAUCGAUGGGGAGGGAAAUGAUGCAGGUGUAGUAUAUUCGGAAAUGCAAGGUGUUGAGAAUACAGGCGCAGAGAUCAUGGACAUCAAGGCACGUCAGUUGCUGUACCCGGAGAAUGUUGGCUUCCGCUAUGAGACUGGCGGAUUGAUGGGCGCACUCCGCGUUCUGACAGCGGAUCGGAUACGCGCAUUCCAUAAGGAAAUGUAUCAACCGAAGAACCUUUGCUUAGUUCUCAUAGGAGAAGUAGAUCAAGAUCACUUACUUCAAAUCCUGGACGAGUUCGAAGACGGGAUCCUGGAUGACAUCCCUCGCCCAGAUGCACCAUUCAAAAGACCGUGGAUAGAAUCCCCACAACCGCCUGCAAUCAAAGAGACGAUAAUUGAGACCGUUCAGUUCCCGGAAGAAGAUGAAUCCACUGGCGAGGUCCUCAUCGCUUUGUUUGGGCCAGAUUGCAAUGAUCCAGUUGCCACUGGAGCGCUCAAUGUACUUCUUACAUAUCUCGCUGGUUCUUCUGUUUCUAUCUUGGAGAAUAUCAUGGUCGAAAAGGAAGAGCUUGCUAGUUCCGUGGGAUACUGGUUGGAUUCGAGACCGAAUACCGUUAUUUGGUUCCAGCCCUCUGGAGUGGCUACUGAGAAACUUGCCCAUGUCGAGAAUCGCCUAUUCGAGCUUCUCAAUGACGUUGCCUCCAACCCUCUCAACAUGGAAUACUUGAUGGAUUGUCUGAGGAGAGAACGAAGACAAUUGAAGUUUCAAGCCGAGAGUUCAGGGAGCUACUACGCCAAUGGAGUCAUAAAUGACUUCCUAUUCGGUCAGAGAGAUGGUUCCACUCUGAAAGACCUAGGCACCAUCAAAGAAUUUGAUACCCUAGAGAAAUGGACCGAAUCGGAUUGGAAAGAUUUCUUCAAGAAGUGGUUCAUAAAUGCAGCACAUAUCUCAAUCCUUGGCAAGCCAUCCAAGGAGCUGGCCGAGAGUACUAAAGCUAAGGAAGAAGCUCGACUUGCGGCCAGAAGGAAAGAAUUAGGACCAGAAGGGCUAGCAAAAUUGGCGGAGAAGCUGAAGGAGGCCAUCGCGAAGAACGAUGUCGAGAUUCCCAAGUCGCUCCUCCAGAAGUGGCCAGUUCCUGGAGUCGAGUCUAUACAUUUCAUUGAAUCUACUACGGCAAGAUCUGGAUUGGCGAGAAAAUUGGGCACGCCAUCAAAUGCGAUACAGGCUGUCAUCGAUAAGUCGAAUGCGGAUCUCCCACUGUUCUUGCAAUUCGAACAUGUUCCUACCAAUUUUGUCCACAUAACAUUGCUUUUGGGAACCUCUCAAGUCUCCACGGAGCAUCGACCACUACUCUCGUUGUUCAUAGACAACUUCUUCAACACUCAUAUCAUGCAGGAUGGGAAGCUAGUUGAAUUCGAGAAAGUUGUCACAGCGCUCGAGCAGGACACAAUCAGCUAUUCCAUGAACUCUGGGUCACGAAUUGGUGACAGUGAAGGUAUCGCCAUCCAAUUCCAAGUCGAGCCCGAAAAGUACGGCGCAGCGAUAAACUGGAUCCGAACCAUGAUGUUCGACAGCGUCUUCGAUGAAACCAGACUCAAUGCUGGAAUAGCCAAGAUCCUUGCGGACAUUCCUGACAAGAAGCGGGAUGGUAACAGCAUGAUGUAUGCCGUGGAUACCAUGUUACAUCUUGAAGAUGAAUCAGCCAUCAAAGCCCGCAACACCCUCGUCAAAGCAUUAUACAUGAAGCGUCUCAAGAAACUCCUUGCGAAAGAUCCUAAGACCGUCAUUGCCUCCCUUGAGGCUCUACGCAAAUCUCUCUUUGCAUUUAACAACAUGCGCGCCCUUGUCAUCGCCAAUAUCGAGAAGCUCCCAACUCCCGUCACCGCUUGGAAGCCUUUAAUCUCCCAGCUUGAAACGUCCGCACCACUUCUUCCAAUUGUCAAACCAUACCAGCGUCUGAACAGUAACGGCAAGAACCUAGGUCAGUACGGUGCAGUAAUAGUCCCCAUGCCAACCAUCGACUCCUCGUUCCUUCUUUCCAUUACAAAGGGCCCAACCUCGUACACAGACCCAGUCCUCCCCGCUCUCAUGGUCGCAAUAUCCGUCCUCGAGUCGGUUGAAGGCCCCCUGUGGACCGCUAUUCGAGGAACAGGCCUCGCGUAUGGUGCAUCAUUCAGACGUGACCCCGAAGGUGGCUUUAUCCAUUUCUCCGUCUACAGAUCUCCUGACGCCUACCGUGCAUUUGUCGCUGGGAAGAAGGUACUUGAGAGCUUCAUUUCUGGGGAGCGCGAAAUAGAGGAUUAUGAACUUGAGGGAGCAAUUUCUGGAAUAGUGGUUGGCUUUGCAGAUGAGCAGAGUACUAUGGCUGCAGCAGGACAGUUCCACUUCGUGAACAGCGUCAUUCGCGGAGUUGACGCAGAUUACAAUACUAAUAUGCUUAGGUUGGUAAGACAAGUCGGAAGGGAGCAGAUCAAGGCUGUUAUGAAGGAGGUGUUGCUUCCAGCGUUCACCCCCGGAAAGGCAAACAUUGUGGUUACUUCUGCGCCAAUUAUGGAGGAGGGCUUGAAAAAGGGGUUCCAAGAUUCCGGUUUCAGUACUCGAGUCCAGACCCUAGCCGACUUCCAAGAGGACUACGGUCUCAAAGCAGACGAAAGCGAGGGCGAAGAAUCCGACGAAGAUGAUGACGAUGAUAUGGAUGCUGAGAUGACCGAGUAUUCCGAUGAUUCUGAUGAUUCCGAGGAAUAG